UGGUUUGGCUGAGAUGCUGCACAGAAACAUCUCAGCCAAACCGUCCAGGUCCGGUGGAGAUAAAGCGAUCAUGUCGAAGUCCAACAGGGUUGUGUUGGUUCUGGGGGGAGCGGGGACGGUGGGCUCAGGGAUAGUGAAAGGCCUGCUGGAUAAAGGUUUUAAAGUUGCUGUGAUCUCCAGAGAUAGCGGCAGACUGGAGAAACUGCGGACCUCCGUCUCUCCCAACACCAAGGACAACCUCAUCACUGUGUUGGGAAAUGUUGGCUCAGAGGACGGUGCUGAACAGGCAAAGGAGGCCCUGUUGAAGCAGGUGGGGAAGGUGACCGAUAUAAUUUCUUCCCUGGGCUUCAGCUGGUGGCAGGGCGGUCCCCCACAUACCCAGUCCCUAAAAGACCUGCACUGGGUAAUGGAGACGUUACUGUUCAGCACAUUUGUCUCCUGGAAGGCUUUCUUCCCCCUGGUGAGGGACAACUCGGACUCCAGCUACACCUUCAUCACGGGAGGAGCUGGAGAGAAGCUGCUGAUGCCAGGGACUGGCUUCCUGACGGUGGGGGCUGCCAGCGCUCUAGCUUUCUGCCAGGUGCUGAGAGAGGAAUACCCCGAGGUGUCCUGUAAAUUCAACCAGGUGAAAAUCAACACAGGUGUAGGGACUCCAGAGCGCAUGGCCCCCGGCUACCUGAACCACCUGGACCUGGGCGAGGUGAUCGCAGCCCUGGUUGAAAUAAGAAGCCCCUCCCACGCUGUGUUCACCAUCAGCAGCCCUGCAGACUUAAAAACUGUUCUUCUGGAGGGGAACCCUUAGAAGACCCCCUUCCUUCAGAACACGAUCUGCAGCUGCUUCCGGGUUCUUGUUGCUUCUCUUUGCUUGUUUCAAUGGUUCUGUAACGUCCAACAGGGCAUAUUUUUGCAUGUGUUGUUUUAUCUGUAAAAUAUGCAAACACUCCUAAAUGUUCUUGCACCACGAAGAUCCCUUUUAGCACCUUGGCAGAAACAUCUUGGAUUUGAGCAGAUUUC